AUGAACACCAAUGUCUGCGUGGAGCCCGGGCCGGGCCCGGAGGCCCCGGGCUUGCCCAAGGAGAGCCACCUGCCCGAGGGGGCCCUCAACAGCCUUGUGGAUUACAACUCGGAGAUGGAGCGCUACCGCUCCUUCGCCACCUCCUUCUACAAGACCAACGGGGGCGCCUUCCCGCAGGCGGCCAAGAUCGCGCGCAUCACCACCCCCAUCUUCCCCAGCAGCGCCGCCGCCGCCGCGGCCGCCGCGCGCAUCGGCAUGUCCCCCUGGAACUGCGACAACGCGGCCACCGCCGCCGCCGCCACCGCCAUGCUCUGGGGCAGCGGCGGGGGCGGGGGCGGCGGCGGGGGCGGGGGCGGCGGCGGGGGGGGGGGCGGCGGGGGGGGGGGCGGGGGCGGCAGGAAAUCCUCCUCCGCCGCCGCCUCCUCCUCCGCCUCCUCCUCCUCGGCGAUCCUCCCCGCCGGCGGCGGCGGCGGCGGUGGUGGCGGCGGCGGCGGCGGCGGCGGCGGCGGUGGCGGCGGCGGCGGCGGCGGCGGCAGUAGGACCGGCAUGCACCACCGAAACGACUCCCAGAGGCUGGGGAAAGCUGGCUGCGCGCCAGAGCCGUCGUUGCAAAUGGCAAAUACUAAUUUCCUCUCCACCUUAUCCCCUGAACACUGCAGACCUUUGGCGGGGGAAUGCAUGAACAAGCUCAAAUGCGGCGCUGCUGAAGCAGAGAUAAUGAAUCUCCCCGAGCGCGUGGGGACUUUUUCCGCUAUCCCGGCUUUAGGGGGCAUCUCAUUACCUCCAGGGGUCAUCGUCAUGACAGCCCUUCACUCCCCCGCAGCAGCCUCAGCAGCCGUCACAGACAGUGCGUUUCAAAUUGCCAAUCUGGCAGACUGCCCGCAGAAUCAUUCCUCCUCCUCCUCGUCCUCCUCGGGGGGAGCUGGCGGAGCCAACCCGGCCAAGAAGAAGAGGAAAAGGUGUGGGGUCUGCGUGCCCUGCAAGAGGCUCAUCAACUGUGGCGUCUGCAGCAGUUGCAGGAACCGCAAAACGGGACACCAGAUCUGCAAAUUUAGAAAAUGUGAAGAGCUAAAGAAAAAACCUGGCACUUCGCUAGAGAGAACACCUGUUCCCAGCGCUGAAGCAUUCCGAUGGUUCUUUUAAAGCAGUAGUAUAUCUUAUUUUCAAGGCAUUUGGAAGUGAAGGGCAAACUAAUGUCUUGUUUUAAGAAACUGCUUAGUCCACCACUGAAGAAAAUAUCCAGAUAUUAUUUUCAUUUUAUGUAUAGGGGUUUCUUCAAAAAAAAAAAAAAAAAGGAAAAGAAAAGAAAAAAAAGACAUAUCAAAAUAAUCUGGGAGCUUGGGGAAUUGGCCAGUCUGUUUACUUUGGAUACACUGAUUCUUUGAUGUAAUUUAGCUAUCCUAGUGAAGUUGUUGUCUAUUUUGAAAGUGGCUGUAAAAAAUAAGUUUGGGUAAACCCCUGCUGUAAAAUCAUGUAUCUUUGCAAAGUACAUAUCUAUACUUCAUUUUCAAAUAUAUGUGUUUCAGUACUGUAAACUGUACAGAUAGCAGCUUGUAUUUUGUGUGUUUAGACACAAGGAGACAAUCACGUCUGAGCAUCUAUGGAGAUUAACAGUUUGUACACAACAGUAUGGUUCUGCGAGUUAAAUCUGGAGCAAUAAAUUUUAGCUUUAAAUAUUUUUUGCCAGUUGUUUCUAGAAGCAGCAACAGCGGUGGCAUGUUUUGCCAUGCAUCUUUCGGUAGAGACUUGAUGCCAAGUUUCACAAGAGGAAAAGAUGAUGAUGCAUCCGGCAAUUACCUGCAGUUGUAUUGUUAUAGGAGGGAAGAUGUGAUGAAAGUUUCAAUUAAUCUUUUGAGCACUAUAUUAGAGUAGUGGUUAUGCACUUGCAUUGCUUACAAACGAGCUGUACAGAAGGGUAUACCUCCCAAAUACUUAGUGUAGUUGACUUGUCUUGGGUUGCACUGUACGGCGGAGUACCCUGAGUAGUUGGAAUAUGCAGAAUCAGUUGUAUAAAUUUUUUUAAACAGUGUUUUCUAGGACACAGAAUAAAGCAUCAGAUCGUAGGGGGAGAAAUCCAUGACUGAGUUUUUUUUUACUAGCCCAGCAUGGGCUGUAUUUUUUGUUUGUUUAUUUUUUGCGUUAUUAUUAUUAUUUUUUUGGUAGAAAAAAUAAACACUUAAUAAUAAAAUGUAUCCAAAUGUUUUAAUUCCAUGUAUGAUAUUAAAUGGGUAGUUUUGUUUUACAUUUUGAACAUAUCAAAGCUUCUGCCUUGAGACAUGGCUAGGUAUAUUUUUAAGUAAAAAGAGUUAAACACAUUCAUAAACAUGAGGUUUUUUUAAUCUUUUGUUAUCUUCCUUUCUCAUAGCCUCCCAUUUGGACCAGUGGCCUUCCCCUAGGCCCUCAGUGGAAUGUUCCAUUGCUCCCAUUCCCAUUCUUGUCAUCAAGGAUGCUGUGGUUCCAGAGAAUUCCAUAAAUGUAAACAACCCCUAAACACAAAGGAGUAUGCUUCAUAGGACCCGGGCUACCUUUUCACCUAGAAUUUGGUUUGCUUAUGGCAGUUGGGGCUCCUAAGGCUGUCCCAGUAGGACAAUUAUUAUUUGUGAUGACAUGUUACCUAAGAUUCUUUUUUUUUUUUUUGGUCAGAUACUGUUCAACUUCAACAAUAAAAUAGAGUUUAGCAAAAAUACAUAGAGAAUCAAAGUUGCCAUGUUACUGUCAUUUUUUAUUUUUUAUCUACUGAUUUCAGCCUACGCAUCCAUAAGCCUUUUGAAAAAUGUUAGCAAAAUGUAUCAUGUGAAGAAAAAUAACUUGGGAAGAGAAAGGGUGAUGAAAAAGACUGCAAAACUUUAGGAAGCCUAGCAGAUGAAUAAUUUUUAAAAGGCUAGUUCUAGCUUUGAAUUGAAAGUAAUAGAACAGAGGAGAUUUUAAAAACAUGGAAGGAGCAUUCGCCAUAAGAAUUCUGGAGGGAGGGAUGGGUAAGGUACUAACAAAUGCUAAUGUUAAAGUGUGCUUUAACUUGCCUGGAAUAUGAAUGCAAGGUCUACAGUUAUGGUCCAAUAGCCUUUUUGAGAAAAAUUCAUUAUCUGUUAUACCUAUCCAUGUUUAGAGAAGAGAAUUAAAUAAUCACAAACUAAAACAUGCUGUAUAUUAGUUUUGAGAUCACUUUCUACUUGCUAUAUAUUCCUUUGAGGAUUUCUAGAUAGAAUUUCUAUUCCAGCUGUGGGAGAAGAGAGCUAUAUGAAUUAUUUCUAGUUCCUUUUUUAUUUUACUUAUUUUUUUAAAUCAAUUUGCUAAUUUUUACAAGUAAGUGAAAACUAACUCUCACACUUGAAUGGGAAGCUUGCCUUGCUUUUUGGAAAACGAUGAUUGUUAUUACAGCAGUGAAGCAAACUUCUUUCCCUUCAGACUGCAUUAGGCACACAAUAGCAUAUAAAGAUCUCAUAGCAAUGUACCAAGAGUCUGAAAUACAUGCUAGUGUUGCAUGUCUUGAUGUGUUUUUGUUUGUUCGUUUUCUUAAAGAACUUAUGAAUCUGUAUAUUGUAAAAUGUGGUGUUUUACAUGUCAAUUCAAUUUUUUAAUGAAAGAAAAUCUGUUGAUUAUUAAAAUGGAAAUGUAUAGCUUUUCUUUAAUUCUC